AGCUAUUGUGUUUAGUAGAAUGGAUACUUACGAGGAAUCGUACUAUAAAAUUAUGAUUAAUUUCUUAUGUUUUCUUGGACUGUGGCCUUAUCAGCCUCGACUAAAGCGCGUUCUAUACCCUACUGCAUUAUGGAUCUCGCAUAUCGUCCAACUUAUUCCUCAAAUAAUUAUCGGAAUUGUAGAUAGUGAUGAUGUAGAGCUAUUGUUUGAAUUAUUGACAAUAUUCGUACAGGAAAUAGGCUGUAUGAUAAAAUUUCUUAACAUGAUUAACAGAGCAAAAACGAUGAAAAUAUUCCUCAAGAGAAUUCCAGACGAUUGGAAAAUACUACAAAACGAUGAAGAAGAAAAUGUAUUUAAGCAUCACUUAUACACGGGAAAAUUGAUGUCAGCAGGUUAUGCAGCCGUAAUGAUUAUAGUAACAGUAUUAUACUCAAUGGAUCCAGUUAUAGCUAUAUUUGUAAAUACUAUUUCAAAAUCAAAUGAUUCUGUGCCUCACAAAUUUACUACCCCUAUGAAAUUUAUUAUAUUUGACGAGGAAAAAUAUUAUUGGCCACUAUUGAGUUUAUCAAUUAUCUGUAUGUGUUUAAUCUCGAUAGUUUAUGUUUGCUAUGAUGUUGUUUUUAUUUCAUUCGUACAACAUGUCUGUGGAAUAUUUGCUGUUGUAGGAUUUCGUUUAGAAAAUUCGCCUAUCGUUAAAAGCCAUGAUUCUACGAUCGAAGAAAAAAAAAUUUUUAUAAACUCAGAAGACAUUAUUUACAAUCAUUUUGUAUCGUGUGUUAGAGAUCACAAGCGAGCUUUAGAAUCUUCUCAACUCAUUGAAGAAAUUUAUACCCUAUCUCUUGGAGCAUUAGUUGUACUCAAUUUACCUGUAAUGAGUGCCACCGGGGUCAAGAUUCUUUCACCAUCCGCUACAAUCGAAGACAUUGUGAAAAAUAUACUGGAUGUUUCAGCUCAAUUGGUAUAUCUCUUUUUCAACUGCUACAUGGCACAAAAAUUAACUGACAUGAGCUUCUACGUUCAUUACUGCAUAGCUAGAGUAAAUUGGUACAAUUAUUCUAAAAAAUCAAAAAAAUUGUUGUUUUUAAUGACCCUGAGAAGUCAAGUUCCUUGCAAACUGACUGCAGGAAAAAUAAUAGAAUUGUCUAUAGAAAAUUUUGCAAUGAUGGUGAAAACAGCUGGAUCGUAUUUCACUGUUCUUCUGUCCAUGCGUUAAGUUACAAUACAUUUCGUAUGUAAAGGAUUAAGGUCAGCAAAUUUUUUAAUUGCUGAUAAAAAUUUGAGCCAUCGAGUAAAUAAUUUUUAGCAUCUUCUAAAAAAAACAGAAAACCUAAAAUUGUCUUGUUAAAUGAAACUUUUAUAACAAGGGUUGUAAUUCAGACCAAGUGACACUCGAUCUCCUUCAGAAGCCAGUAUGUGUUUCACUCUCAAUAAGUUUAUUAGCCAUUGUGGCUUAGACAGACACAGGAUCCUAAUAAAGCGAUAGAACGUAAUCGACAGGACUCUUUGAGACUUAGGCCUUGAUCCCAACGGCUGACAGAUGUAAGCUCACAAAUUCAACGACACAUGUACAUACACAGUAAUUAGGCUAUUAAUUUAACUUAUUAAUGAAAUUUAUUUUAAUAACUAACGAUGAUUUUGAAUAGAGCUAAUGUAAAGUGGUAUAAUACUUUAUAAUCAUGAAUAUUCUUAUGCUUGAACAAAAUAAAAGGAAAAAAUAUUAUAUUAGUUAGCUUUAUACCUUUAUACCAUGUUUCUGUUAAUAAAUAUCACUUACUAAACUUUUGAAUGUGCAAACUGUGCGUUUUGUUAUUAUCGUUGCUAAUACUAAGUUGUAAUGGUAGUGGAAUCGAAGUAACCCUAGCAACUAUCAAACUACAAAAGGGGAUUAGUUUUCUUUGUGAAUUAAAAUAGAAAUUUCCCGUCUAUUACUAAUAUUUUAAUACUUUGUACUUAAGGGCAUAAAAUGUGGGGAGCAAGUGCAGAAAACAAAGAGUCUAUAAUUAUUAUUUUAAUAAUUUAUACUUCAAGAAAUGAAAUAAGGAAAAUGAGCAAAGAAGCUAAACGGUCUAUAAUUAUUAAUUUAAUAAUUUAUACUU